AGGUUUGGGCACGGAGCCCGCCGGGGCUGACAGGCCCAGCCCCAGCCCCGCCUCUCCUCAGCGCGGGGGUGGCCGUGCCUCUUAUCUCGGGCCAGGGGCGGCUCGGCGGGGUGCCUGGUGCUGCCGCGGGCAGGAAAUGAUAGGUAGAAAAGAAUCCUGUGCUUCAGGACAGCUACCUAUGACCUACCUAAGCUGCCUUGCUCACAUACUGGAAGAAUGGACUGCUGUGGAAUACCUGAAGAAAUAUUUUUUCCACAUGGUCAUCAUCUCACUGACAAUUAGUGCAAUGUUAAUUUUUUUUAUUGUUCCUUUAACAAUCCUCUUUUUCAUUUACCUUACUAAUGUUUUGCUUUUAAUAUAUCAGAGGAAUGAUGAGAUAAAAGCUGCAAAAGAUCCCUUGAGUAAUGUUUGGGAUAGUGCAAGAAAAACUGUGGCAAGCUUUUGGGAUAUAUAUGCAAGAAUAUGGCAUGGUUAUGAACUUCAUGGUGUGGAAAACCUACCAGAAGGACCAGGCAUUCUUGUUUAUUACCAUGGAGCUAUUCCCAUAGACUACCUUUACUUUUUGUCUAGGCUGUUUCUCUGGAAGAAAAGACUUUGUCUGUCAGUAGCUGAUCACUUUGUCUUUCGUUUACCAGGACUCAAGUUACUGUUAGAAGUGACUGGCGUUAUGCCAGGUACGAGGGAGGAGUGUCUCAGUGCACUGAAGAAUGGUCACCUGGUGUCUAUAUCACCAGGUGGAGUUAGAGAAGCACUGUUCAGCGAUGAAAGUUAUCAGCUCAUGUGGGGAAAUCGAAAAGGCUUUGCUCAGGUUGCUCUAGACGCAAAAGUGCCCAUCAUUCCAAUGUACACUCAAAAUGUACGAGAAGGAUACAGGAUGUUUAAAGAACGAAGAUUUUUCAGAAAACUGUAUGAAAGUACACGAUUGCCAUUUACUCCUCCAUACGGAGGGCUUCCAGUUAAAUUUCGCACAUAUAUAGGGGAGCCGAUCCCUUAUGAUCCAAAUAUAACUACAGAUGAGUUAGUUGAAAAGACAAAGACUGCAGUUCAGGCUUUGAUAAAGAAGCACCAAACGAUCCCAGGCAGCAUAUGGAAGGCUUUAAUGGACCGAUUUGAUAGACAUCAUAAAAGUGAUUAGAAUGCUUAUGUUUAUUUCAUUGUUUUUACAGUAUAUAGUAAAAAACAAUGUCCUGUGGCAGUGAUGACUAAUUGGUGUUUAACUGGUUUAAUGUACAAGUUUCUACAGAUUCAAGAGCAGAAAACAAUAACUUUUUGAAGGUUCCCCUGUGUGAGCUCCUUCAGUCAAUGGCUUUUUGAGGAUAUUCUUGAAGUCAGAAAGAGUGGGCCCUUGAACAAAAAAACUUAUGUAUAAUAGCAAUGCAAGUGCUAAAUUUACCAAGAAGAAAUCAUGUAACCAGUAUUUGACAGGUUCCUAAGAAAAAAUAUUUACAUACAUCUGAAAGUCUGAAAAGUUUUGCCUAGUUCUGUUUUUUUUUUCCUGAGCUGUUCACAGUCCAGUCUCAGAAAAGUAUCUCAGGGUAGGUGUUGUCCCACUGAACUGCAGUCUAGCAGUCUAGCAGGCACUCCUUGUCAGUACCUUACAAACCAGACCUCACAUAAAACAGUGUGAGAAGAGAAAAUGUUUCACUCUAGUUAAUGAUAUGUUGCUUGGGUCACUUUUUCUAGAGAUGUGUGCGAAGAGAAAUAAUCCCAUUAAAACAGAUAUUAGACUUAUAUAAAUUCAUCAGCUUAAUGGUUCACUAUCCUAGAAAGUAAGAAUUCUGCAUUCAGGACUUCCCUCUGAUGGAGGAAAAAAAAGUCUCUUAUCCCCUUUUAUGAGAGAAUGAAACAAAUCUGGCUAACUCUAGCGAAGAAGUUACAGAGUAACAGAAAUACCUGGUUCAGAUUCCAACUACACUUUGAGGCAAAAUUUAGUUUUAUACUCUCAAAGAGGAAAAAAAGCUUCAGUUAACUGUAGCACUUUGCAAAUACAUGUAGAAAGUAUUUUCAAGUCUGUGCUGGUACAUUCAUGCACUAUUGCACCAUGCAAUACUGAUUUAGCAGAUGAGGCAGCCUGUAGUCGGAGUGACUGCGUCACAGUCUAUUUGCAGUAGAGAUGUGCUAUACUCACCCAGGCUUCCCAGGGAGUGGGGUGAGGGGAGCUUAUCUAACACAGGCCCGAGGCUUGUAACCACUGGUGGUUUGCCUAAAAAUGCAGUACUGCAACACGUCCAUUCCCGUAUGGAUUGAGCCUAAGUGCUUGCUUGGAAGGGAGGAUAUAGGCAGUGUUGUCUUCCUAAUACAAUCUUCAGAAUACAGAAACGUGCUACAAAACAGAACAUGUUUUUACAAGCUCUGGGAUGUUGUUAUUGGUGGGAGUGGGAGAACUUCAUGUAAUCUUUUCAAUGUGCCAUUAAAAGCAACCAAGUCUCUUAACUUCAAACAUGAAGGAAAGUAAUUUUUGUGCCUCAAUUUUUCCUCUUGUACUUUUCAUAUCUUGCCCCUGCACAUCCCCAAAAUUUAUGUGGCAUCUAAGAAAAUACAUAUAACAUUAGCCUGUUGUCACUAGAAAACUAAAUCCAUUUUUUGGGUUAAAAUAAACCUCUCUUCUCAUGCUGCUUCUCUAUAAAUAUUCCUUGCAUAUCUGAAAAAGGGAGCAGGUGAGCAUCCCUUGAAGAAGGUUAUUUCCCUUGAGCAAAAAGACAAGAAUCCUGUCCUGAAAAAAAACUCAGAUCUGUCAUAGAACAUAAGAAUGUUUACUUGAACCCUUUAACUAUAACUGCGGUAAACAGGCAGAAAGAUUUUUCUGUCAGCAGAGAUACAACAUGCAUAGGAGUUGAUAAACUAAAGCAAAUCAAGAUGGUGACUAGUAUGCCUGGACAUGAAUAGGAAUUCGAACCAUGGAGCCGUGUAUAAUGCACUCCAACAAUAUAAGCUAAAAUUCAAAGUCUGAGCUUAACUCAAGUGAGAAAAUGAACUAAAAGAAAGGAUUAUGAAGUACUAAAAUAAACACAGAUGAUAAAGCAACAGGAAUUAGGAGUAAUAAAUCUAAAAGCAUUCCUUGUAUCACAGAACCAUGUGAAAGGACUAGACAGCAUCAUUCUCUAUCCUAUCCUGUUUUUCAAGCACAUUAACAUCAGUUUAAUAUGCUUCAGUCAUCUGUAUUCUGAAAGUAACACAACUUUCAAACUCCAUGUGCUCAUACCUGAUGGUAGGGGCCAUGCUCCAACUUGGAAUAAAGCAUUAGCCUUGGAUAGAGGAUAUGUAAUCAGAACAAUGGCUAUCUUUCAAAGUGGGGAUUUGAGCCUAGAGCUUCUGUAUCUCAGACAGCUCGGAACGGUUUGUUAAUAAAACUCAAAGUUUUUCUGGGCUAUUUCAUCUUACACCUGCAUCCCUACAUUAUCUACAGCUUAUCUGAAGUGAGAUGGAGUGAAACUUACUUUCUGUUGGUUUUUUUUUUUCUAUCAUAGCUGUCUUAGAGUAUUUAGUGGGUUCUCAUGAUGAUGGACAAAAAUGUUAUUUAGAAAGCCAAGUGGUUUUGAAUGAAGAAUAAGACUGAUUUUUCUACUAAAAAUAGUUAAACUCCCCCCUCU